AUAAAUAAAUUACUGUACCUUCUUUUUUUGAAACAAACGCCAUCAAAGGCGAUCUCUGUCGUCAUUUGGAAACUAGUCGGUUGAUUUAUUUUUGGUGAAUUCUGUCAAUUGCACGUUAAAACUUUCCGUCUGUGAAGCUUUGUCUCUUCCAUCUCUUUCCCCGGCGAACUCCUCGGCGACUCUCUUUCUCCGGCAACAUCCACCUUUGCUGUUUACACCUGACGAAUAAUGGGAGGGCAGAAGAAUUAUUCACCUCCACCUUAUAUUCCUUUGGAUCAGUCAGAUGCAGAAGCACACCAUGUUUCUGCUGCAGAAAAAAAUCAACAGAGCAAAAAUGAAGACUCGGCUCAGUGGAGUUCUGGAAUCUGUGCUUGUUUUGAUGAUCCACAGAGCUGUUUUAUUGGACUUCUUUGCCCUUGCUUUCUAUUUGGGAAAAACGCGGAGUUCUUGGGGUCGGGAACCUUGGUGGGAUCAUGUACGACUCACUUUAUUUUGUGGGCGCUUUUCAACACAAUUUGCUGCUUCUUAACUGAAGGCAUUCUUUUGGGUUUGCCUGGAUGCUUUGUUGCAUGUUAUGCCUGUGGCUAUCGAAGGACAUUGAGAUCAAAGUACAAUCUUCAGGAAGCCCCGUGUGGAGACUUCGCGACACACUUUUUCUGCCACUUGUGUGCCAUAUGCCAGGAAUACAGAGAGAUCCGUGAAAGGUCUGGCGAUUCAAGCUCCUCUGAUCUUAGCUUAGUGGCAGUGACAGCUCCUCAAGUUCAGAAGAUGGAAACAACUCCUACAAACGAAUAGAUAUUGCAUUUCUAGUGUCCAGAAGAUCAUUUUUCAACGCUGCCAUUUUCCAUAAAUUAUUCCACCUUUGUUCAUUUGGUUUUGGUAUUUAUCUUCCACGUCUAAUCUAGGGGUCUGAACUAUAUAAUUAUGUUGUAAUAUCUUGGUGUUAUUGAGGUGAGUAAAUAGUUGUCUACUCACUCUGUAUUUUUGUUGGUUGAGUUGGUAUAUACAUACAUGGAAGUUGUUAUGGCAUCUGUUUGGUAGGGUGAAGAUUUUAGGAAACACAACUGCAAAAAUUCUGUAGCAGAAAAUUUGUUGUAUAAGUUAAUUUUUUAUAAUAUUUACGUAGUUUAUA